UCGUCGUCGUCGUCGUCGUCGUCGUCGUCGUCGUCGUCGUCGUCGUCGUCGUCGUCGUCAUCGUCGUCGUCCCGUCGUAAGGCCUCGCGCGGCCGUGCGCGACCACCGCCGCAGGUACGCGCGACGACAGCCGAUGCUCCCGUCCCCGCGGACGCUCACGAGGACGAUGAGCCGCGCAUUGGCGGCGAAAUAACGAGCAGAAACGGAAGGCGGUAGUGCGUGGGUGGGUGGGUGUCUUGGCGACUGCCACACUCAUGCACACCGGAGAAAUCCGGGCGUUCCGUGCGACUUGUUGCGGCCGAGUUGUCACCGUCACGACUGCUCGACGCGUCGUCGCCACGUCCGGGUGACCUAGCGCUCGAUCGCUCGACGUUGCUUUACCCAAGUACAAAAAAAAUGUCGCUCCUCCGUCUGCGGCCCGUGCCACUGCUCUUGCAGUGAUUCGUUGUCAUAACAUUGACGACGGAGCGGCGAGGGAUGACAACGGGGAACGGUCACGCGCCGUCGUCUCACACAAUCCUCGCUGAGGAAUGAAACACUGUUUUAAAUCAAGUCAAACUGUGUAUGUGUGUGUCUCUCUCUCUUUCUCUGUCUGUCAGCCAUCAUGAUUGCCUGCAGAUUGUAACUGUGUAACUGUCUUGCAGUUUCUGCUGUUCCGCCCGAGUGGCAUGAGUCCUGACCACUUGUCAAUACGACGCACGUGCCUCGGGUUCUGUAGAUUACAGAUUACCGUUCCGGAGAGCGGAAGGAAGACUCAGAGUACGAAGAUGUUCGGCGUUGCAUCUGGCCAUCUCGGAACUGCAACGUUUUGAGCACGUAGAUUUUGUUAUUUAAGAGAAGAGCAGCUAGAGGCAGAAAAGUUGCCUUAAUUUGUUGCCGAUCGAACGCUGAAAAGUCAAAGUAUGAGAGGCCCAGUGGAGGAAAAUGGAUAUCGGUAAAGUAUCAGCAUGCGUGAAAAGUCAGCAGAAUGUCAUGCUCACGCAGGUCACGUGAGGGGCACGACAGAGAUGUGCUCGCGUGAUCCACCUACACUGCACCCGACCCUUGCCAAGGCAAAUGGUAAAAAUUCGAGCCCCCAGUCGGCUCAUCACACAGAAGGGCGUAUCGACAACAAUCUGCUACCGACUCCUGGAGGCCGCUUGAAAUUCUUCAAAGAUGGAAAAUUUAUCUUGGAAUUAUCACAUCGCAGGGACGGAGAAAAGACCACAUGGUUUCCUGUGCCAAAGAAAACAUUUUGGCCGCCUACUAGCACUAUUCCAAAUCGGCAGGAGAGUUCUACUUCCCUCAGUGUUUCCGAUGACAAUUCGUCGGUUCAAUCCAGUCCUUGGCAGAGGGAUCAUUGUUGGAAACAGACCCAUCCCCGACGCAGGAUAACCACGGAAUUUAAUUUCUACUAUCGUCGAAAUCCAAAAAUUCCACUAUGCGUGCAUCCUCGUUUAAUAGCGAGGAAACGCAGGCGCCCAUUGGAUUCCACGACUGCAGUUCUCGUUUCGGAAUCGACGGUGAUUUAUCCGACGAGAGCGUCGCGGAAAUUGAACGGCGCAUCAUCGUCGGGCAAGGUCUUGAGUCUGAUUAUCGAUAAACUGGCGCGUCUAUUGGAUCCCAAUGUCGUUUCACCUCGCAAACGCAUACUCCGAGAACUGGAGAGAGUGUCGUUGGAGGAUCAAGCAUCCAAGAGACGAGCCACUCCACAACCAGUCUGUACAACCACCAGCGCGCCAUCGACUCCCUCCCCGAAACAGUUGUCGUCGUACAGUAUAACAAGUAUCCUGGGCGAGGACAAACCGAGUGCCGAGCCAGGCUUCUUGAGGACAUUGCUGAAGCCGGACGACCGGCAGCCUGUGAAAUACUCGUCGAGUAAUACCUAUCCAAGGGUACGAAUCGAUCCUUAUAUCGGGUCCAGCAAUACUACCGUUCAUCAUCCGCUCUACGUACCGACGUUGCCUCCUGGACCAUACAGAACGCCGCUAUGGAUGGUACCCCAUUCAUAUCCAUCUCCCGUCCACUAUCCGCCUCCUAUGCAAUUGUAUGCACCGCCGCAUUCUCAUCCAUCGUCGCCACACUAUAAAGACUACAGGGAACAAACUCUCACACCUCCCUCAGAUAUGCCUCUCAAUCUGUCGAAGCAUGCGGGUUGAAUCUCAGGAUUCCAAUAGAGUUGGUGCCUUAUCAAUGGACAAAACACUACGCAAACACUGCCCAUGCAACGACAAUGCGAUAUAUUAGUAUUUUUUUAUUCAUAAAACAAUAGUAACUCUUAGUAAGUAGAGAUACAAUGGAAGCCAGGUAGUUGGACUCUGAGAAUUAUACUUGUACAUAUAAACGCAUAAAUUGUCGAUGGCGGCAUAGGUAUUUUAUAUUAAUAUUACAAGACCGUGAGUGGUAAUACAAAACGUAAUAAUUAAAAGCGACACUGUAAACGUAUACGUUGCCACGUAGCACUUAAUGUGUCAACGAUUACCUUUUCUUCUACGCGAUUUGUAGAUUGAAUUUACAUCGAAAAAGAAACAAAGAGAAAAGUAAAAAUGUAUGUGAUUGUCGCGCGAAUUUUUAUUAUUUAAAUAUGAUAUAUCUAUAUCAUCAACGUAAUUCGUUAAAUUCAUCGACGAUAUCAACGAAACGAAAUGAAACGAUGCACUAGUGACAUCGCAUUCAUGAAUUUUACUUUUGAAAUUACUAUUCAUGUUUUAUACAUUGCGACGAAGGUGAAUGAGCCAUGCCGUGUGUGUGUGUGUGUGUGUGUGUGACCUGCAUACGAGGUCUCAUUCUCAUUUAUGCAUCUCAACAUUUAUGCAUUUUCCCGUUAUUCUUAUAAUAUUAAACUAUCAUUACUAUCCAUAAUAAAAAUGGUACAUUAUCUUAACAGAUCACUAAGAAAGACAUAGGAUUAUGUACAGAACAGAUUAUUAUGUCUCUAUAUAUAUAUAUAUAUAUAUAUAUAUAUAGCACAUAUUAAUUAUUCUUAAAAUUAGAAUGCAUAAUAAAUUUAGGGUUUAAUAGAAUAUCCACAACAGUAUACAGUUAUUUAUACGAUAUUAACAAAGAAAAUACAAAAUUACUUUCAUAAAGACCGUGGGGUGUGCCUUAAGACAACUAUCGAAAUUCCAUGAGAAAUAAAAUGAUAAACAUUCUUACGGAUAUGUAUUAUUAUAAAUAAAGGCACUAUUAUGUAUAUAUAAAAAAAUAUAUUCUUGUCUUAUACGUAUUUGUAUCAAAUCGACAUUUAUUCAUUACUCUAUUGUUACUCUAGUGCGAAAACAAGGCUUUGUAACAGGUUUUAUAAAUUAGUGAUUAAUUUUAAUUAUUCGAUUCAUGCUUCCUGUAGUGAUUCAAAAUGGAAUGGAGAAAUAGUGUGCAUUAGCAAUUGAAUAGACAGAUUAAUUUCGCGUAAAUAUACAAAUAUUUCAUACAUACACACACAUAUAUGUAUAUUGCUGAUGCGUGUAUUUUAUUUACCACUGCGCCUUCUGCUGAGCCAGAUAUUAAUACCUCUUUUUCUUUUUUAUUUCACUAACAAUUACAUAAUUGUUAUAUAAGAAAUGUUUCGAGAAAUACCAAAAAAUACAGUUAACAUAAAAGAACAUGAAAAUAGAUAUUGGAAAAUAGUUUUGUGUAACAUUACACCAAGUCAAACUUGGCGCGCUGUUACAGGAACAACAUGGCGCACAUAGCAUUUCCUCUUACAUUUAUUGCAUAUCCUCCAACUAUUUCCUAUUCAUGUAUUCGAUAAAAGAUACCUGAAAGAUUUGUAUCUUUUUUAUAAUGAUAUAUCAAGUGAUAUUCGUACGUGAUGAUAUUCAGUUGCGUUUGACAGUUGGACGUGUACAGUUGUAGGAGUAGGAAGAAUCAUAAAAACUAAAGGAUAAGAGAAUAAAUUAUAUAUCAGAACGAUGUAAAAAAUAUAUCUCUAUAUGCCGACGCGUUCAACGCGGAAGUGCCUGUCUUCGUCUCGUAACCUCAUUGCCGGACAUAACCUCGGACACAACGCGACGCCGAGUGCAACAAAGUGUGCAAAGUGCACCUGAGACGUACGGACCAAUGAACUUGGUGUACGCAGCCGAGAAUCUUUUCUAUGUAACACGUGAUUCGUGGUCGUGUUUCGUGCGAAUCCCAAUCCUCGCGCUCGGCAGGCAGAUCCGCCAGUAGCGCUGCUCGUACCGCGCGUUUUCUAGCGGUGGCAGUUAGCAGUUGGCAGUUAGCACACGACUCGGGUUCGCACUCUUCACCGAACCGAGCUUGACGGUGUUGGGCUGUUGGCUUCCCGCGAGUCGCACAGGCGCGAAUGAGGAGAGAGAAGCGAUCGCGCUCUCAAUCGCGUAGGACGCAAACGUGACACGGUGGACUACGCUAGUGGUGAACGCCUCGAAUGACGUAUUUUCGGCGAGCAGUGUAAAGUGUGUUCGAGAUCGGUGGUAGAGCGCUGUCGGGGGCAGUCUCGUUGUUACGGUUGUUGGAUGCGGCGGCUCGCGCUCACCGAAACGAAAAUGGCGGGUCAUGUUGGCCUUACGAGUCGAGGUAGCCACCGCCACUGCCAGUAGUGUUAAUCGUCGUAACGGACACGUGAGGAGAGGAUUGUUAUUGUUGCCGGACAGGUCGCUGAAUCCGUCGGGAUUUGGAAUUUCCCUGUUUUCCCCGGAAGUCGCUGCGUCGAGGCGUCUUGGCCAUCGUGCGCGCGUUGCGCAGUCGGAAAACGAAUUCACAGCCGAACGAUAGGCCACCUGAAUCUCGUAAACCAAUAGUCACCGUUAGCGCAUUCUUGGUGCUCGGUGUGAAAGAGAAGCAGGACCGUACAAACCCUCGAGUAAAGAAAAACUAAGA